CCACAGAUUCAAACAGGUAGCCAGGCAUCAUGGCGGCCCUUGCCAGUGGAGAGGACGGCCGCUAUUUUGCCUGUUAUUCUUCCAUCGUAACUAAAUGAGGCAAUGGCGGAUAUAUCUAGCUAGCGGAUAUGAAAGCCUUGUCAUGUGGCUCCACUUAGUGACGUGUUAGGCUUACAAUAAGUGACAAAUAAAGCAGAUAUUGGCGGAUAAAUGGGGAAGGCUGCCUCCACCUCAGCUGAUAACAUAAGAUAGUAAUUGAUGAACACAACACACCACGUGGAGAGAAGCAAGGUGUGGAGUACCCAAGCCUCUCACAGUCCAUGCUAGUAGACUCACCCUGCAUGUGGAGAUCUCCCAAAAUGCACGGAGGUUAUUCCAGAGCUGCAGGACAGAGUACUUGAGGCCAUUGGUGAACAGAAAGCUGAGGUUGAACAAAGCCAAGAAUUGAUAGCUGCCCAAGGUGUAAGCAAGAUUCACAAUGAUGAGGUCAUUGUGACGUGUGCAAUGUGUCCACUGGUCUUGGCCUUCCUGACCAAGGCAGCCACACAAAGGAAAUUCCACGUUAUUGUUGCCGAACGUGCCCCUAAAUAUGAUGGUCACCCAGUGGCAAAAGCUUUAUGUACUGCUGGAAUUGAGACAACAUUAAUUCAAGACUCUGCAGUGUUCCCCAUCAUGUCACGUGUCAACAAGGUCAUCGUUGGCACCGAGACGGUGGUGACCAACGGAGGCAUUGAGACCUUUGUUGGUGCAGCCUCUCUUGCCUCACCACCAAAGUUUUAUUCUGUUCCACUGUAUGUGUGCACUCCCACAUACAAAUUUAGCUUGAUGGGCUGUGAAGAAAUAAGCCACCAAACCACCACUUCUAUUAUCCCAGAGGGAACAAAGUUUUGGCCGUCUGUAAAUACUGCGCUGACUCAGCUAGAUUACGUUCCUCCAGAAAAUGUCACUGGUUUCAUAACUAACAAUCGAGGUACUGCACCAUCCUACGUGUACCGGCAGCUUAGCGAACUGUACCGUCCCACUUCUUGUGAUCUCUAAGGUAACAGCUUUAAUCCUUGCAAAUAAGGAAUAAGAGAAAAGAGACACACCUGCCAUUUGUACUGUUAUGCUGCAGUGUUCUGUCAUUUUUUUCCUCUUUUAUCCUAGAACCAUUUUUGGUCAUUCAUGUUUAUAAAAAUUAUUAUACAAAAAUGUUGAGCUUAAUAUGUUUGGUGUAGUUUUUUGUUACAUGUGUUAUUGUUAACGUGUGUGGUUCCCCUCAGGAAGAAUGUUGUAGUAUUAGCAGUAAUGUUACAGCCAAUGGAAGUGUCUGUAUUGUGCUUUGGUGGGAGGUUAAUUUGAUGUAUUUUUAGAGUUGUGCAGGAUAUAGCAAGCCCUCAAAAUAAAGAAAAUAACUAUAGAAAACACUCCUUGUAUUGAAAACACCACUGCAGAGAAAUCUCUAAUGAAACAGGAAACCCUACAUUCAGUACUGUGUGGUUGUUGCACUAACACUGAGCUAAAUGCCUUUUGGAUGGUUGUACACUAAAAAUAAUGUAAAAAUCCCUAUAAACAACUGUCCCUGCAUUAAAAACCUUUCAUCAUAAAAUUACACACAAGAUACUCAACCAGUGCAUGAAUGUUCAAGCGGUACCAUGAAGAUAUGAGGCUUUUGGCACUGUUUGAAGGUUUUGAGGAGUAACAAACAGGACUUAAACAGAAAGAAGCACUCACUGCUAAUGUUUAAGCUUGUGAGUGUUGUUUAGGUGGUCUGUGUAAGGAAGAAACAACACUCUAUGGUGUGGUACUGCUGGUGAAUGCCAUGGUGGAACACAUACAGGAAAUGGCCACAUCUCUGGUUGCAGGGCACAACAACACCCACUUUAUAACCUGUACCUGUGAAUAACAGGAUGUAACAGAGGCGCUGCAUAGUGAACAGUGAAGCACGGUGUCUUCGUGCUGCCAUCCUUUUCCUUGUCAGGCAUCAAAUGUGCAAACCCAAAAUCCACAAUCUUAAUAACUGAAUCUUCAGAAGAAUCCUUGAACAAGAGAUUCCGUGAAAAGAUAAUUAGAUUAGAAUGGCCUCGGAGAAGGAUAAUAUCUGAAUGGAAUAAAUUCAUACUUUUUAUUAUAAAGGCCAUACAAAUGAUGGAGAUCAAUAAUAUUCCAUGCAAUAAAUUCUUUAAAAUAAGCAGAUGGAAAAUCAAUGCAAAAAAACUUCCUUUUUUUCACCUUUCCUUUCUUUUCUUUUCUGUCUAUCCUCAACACCAACCACUUUUCUAUUUUUAUUCCCUCCCAUUCCAUUAAUUCCCAACAUAUUUCUUCUCCCUCUCCUAACUCUUCACCCCUGUCUGGCUUUAGGUCUCCGUGAACACUGAUGCCUUUCCUGUGCACGUAGUGAACUGCUGACACCAGGUUCCUCACGACGACCGAAGCCCGAGGCGAGCCUCUGUGAACCUCUCGUGUUUCCUGAUCCUCUGAAGCAGCCAGCUCUCCACCUCCAAGGAGCUCCAUCACAAUAUAGGUGUGUGCCUGUGAAACCAACAUGAAUUAGAUACAGGCAUACAAUGAUUAAAUGCAAGGAAAAGAAAAUAUGAUCUUAAACUAAUUGUUACUUAAAUCAUUUUGUGUCAAAACGAUUUCAUAUCAAUG